AUGGUGGGUGCCAAGCCUUCAGACCCCGGGCAGGACGCUGUGGCCGCAGCCCAAGGAGCAGGGGUCCCCCCAAGCGUCCCUCCCCAAGCUGAGGCAGGUAACGCUCAGGAACAGCACCAUCGACCAAGCCAAGAUCAAGUCCGGCCAGCGCCGUCGGCUCCACCGCACUCUGCCCCCUCCGGAAGGCCUGCCCCUGGAAGUCCCUGGACAGGGAACUCGGCGUCGGUGCUGAGCGCCUCGAGGCCGAUCUCGGAGGAACAAGAGCGCUCUUCGCGGAUCGUAACGGGUGUUUGGAACCCUCUGCUGAAGAAGCGCUUAAUUACCACUAUGCUCCACGAGUGGGUUGCCCCCGAUGGUAAGAUGUGGACGGACGAAGAACGUCGCUUACGUGACGUCGCUUUGGCGCCAGGCGACGUGAAUCGUGGCCAAAAUAUUCGCGAGAUGACGGCCGAGGAGUCGCAGGCCCUCCUUCCUUACGUCCGCGGCGAGCUUGAACUUCCCCACCCGCACAACUUCGUCAAGUCGACCAUAUCUCCACUCCACCGGGCCAUGCUCGACGACAUCCAUGAAGCGCAUCAAGUUAACCUGGAGCACAAUGCCACUAUGCCCCAUGUUGAGUUGUUCAGGGAGCUGUACAACUAUUGGCCAAGAGAUGAUGCGCCGCCUGUAGCGCGAUGUGAAGCGGUUUGUCUACGAUGGGGCUCAUACUUUGGGCUUUGUUUUCCACUCUCGCCGUGUGGCAGCUGUGUGGGAGUGCCAAUUAUCCGUAUUCAACGGACUGUCAUCACUCUGCAUGAUACAGUCAGGCGCAGUGAGGCUGAUGCUGGCAGUUUCACGGCUGUUCAACUCGACGGGGUGUACGCACUUCACGUGCGGCGGGGGUCAACUGCGUUUGUCGGCCCUAGCUCGAGCCUUUACGGAGCUCAGUGGUGCGAAAGUUCUGGAUGUGCAGUUUCCUCGGUCCACCAAAGCGGACAUUUACCAUAA